CGUAUGUGUACACGCGACGCAUCUCUCUCUUUGCUCCAAGGGUGUAGAAGGAGAGAGUUGGCUUGUGCGGGGGCCAGUCAUAGUCACUAGCUCGUGGAUAAGAACGUGUCAAGAUGGUCGCAGUAGGGAAGACGAGUGCCAUUGCGGCAGGGGUGUGCGGGGCCCUGUUACUCGGAUAUUGUAUUUAUUUCGACAGAAAAAGGAGGAGUGACCCCAACUUUAAGAACCGGCUGCGAGAAAAAAGAAGAAAACAAAAGAUUGCCAAAGAGAGAGCAGGCCAGUCAAGGUUACCAGAUCUUAAAGAUGCAGAGGCUGUCCAAAAAUUUUUCCUUGAAGAAAUUCAGCUUGGAGAGGAAUUAUUGGCUCAAGGUGAUUUUGAAAAGGGUGUUGAUCACUUAACAAAUGCAAUUGCCAUUUGUGGGCAGCCUCAGCAGUUGCUACAGGUUUUGCAGCAGACCUUACCCCCACCUGUAUUCCAGAUGCUACUAACUAAGCUACCAACCAUCAGCCAAAGAAUUGGAAAUGCUCAGAAUUUGUCUGAAGAUGAUGUGGAGUAGGAGAUGACACACAAGCUGUGCAGAAAAUUUCAUUUUCUUCACCACAGUAGAUUGUGGCCAUAAACAAUGCAAAUAAUGUUGACAGUAUAAAUAUAUUAAUGCAAAGAAAGAAUACAAAGGGUUAAGCCUUUUGGUUUUGGCUAGUAGGAUUUUAGUUACUGUGUUUUUGGAAAGUGUGUAUUUGAUAACAUUUUUGUUUUGUUAACACACUGGUUUAUCUGUAAAUGUUAUGUUUUCCUAUAAAAGAACUGGUCAAAAUGUACAUCACAUUCUCCUUUUGUUUUUGAAAAAGUGACAAUAAAAAAGUCCUCAUUUUC